GGAAUGCGUACGCGAUAACGCUGGUUGUCGGCGGUGGUUUUGCAUGCUACACGUCUUGAUUUUUUGGUUUAAAUUUUGCACUUUAUCUACCAUCUACCGUUGUGAUGGCCACUCCAUUGGCAGGAAAAUUGGCACUGGUGACCGGAGCCGGCUCUGGAAUUGGACGUGCUACGAGCAAACUGUUGUCCCGCGAUGGUGCGAUCGUCAUCGCGGUCGACCGGAAUGUACAGGCCGCACAGGAAACGGUAUCAUCACUCAAUGCAACCGGUGAUAAUGCCGCGUACGAAAUGGACGUCUCAUCCGGGGAUAGCAUCGAUACCGUGCUCAAGGCAGUGGUUGACCGCUACCAGCGUCCCCCGACGAUAGUGAUCAAUUCCGCUGGCAUUACACGCGACAACUUCCUGCUGAAGAUGCCCGAAUGCGAUUUUGAUGCGGUGAUCAAUGUGAAUCUGAAGGGUACCUGGCUGGUACUGCAACGGUUCGGCCGUGCGAUGAUCGAGCACGAGUUGGCAGGUUCGAUGGUAAACGUAUCCUCAAUCGUUGCACGCACCGGAAACAUAGGCCAGUCGAACUAUUCGCCCAGCAAAGCGGGUGUCGAGGCGAUGACUAAGGUGGUUGCUCGCGAAUUUGGCCGGUACAAUAUUCGUGUCAAUGCGAUCGUGCCCGGCUUCAUCCAAACACCAAUGACGGGCACAGUGCCGCAAAAGGUGAAAGACAUGAUGAUCAUGCAGUGUGCCUUGCGUCGCUUCGGCAAUCCGGAGGAAAUUGGGGAAGUGGCAGCGUUUUUGGCAUCGGAUAAAAGCAGCUACGUAAAUGGUACAUCUAUCGAAGUAACUGGUGGUUAAGACGAGCUGUUUCUCUGAACCUUUUGCCCCGUCAUUCACGGGUCCGUAAACGAUACAGGUGUAAUAGCUUAAAGCUACCUCUUUUAAAACGUGCUACCUCCGUCAGCCAUGCAUUUACUGUUGAGAAUAAUUGUCAACAUAAUGUUCUCAAUAUUUUUUAGGCAUAUUUUGCUACGAACGAUGAGUUGAAAAAAGUGGAAUAAAAGAUUAUAUUGUGUCAA